AUGAAAUCAAAAGGCAAGAAAAUUGUGGUUGUUGCCCAUUCCUAUGGUGGAAUGGUUGGAGCUGGUGCCGUGAAAGGCAUGGAAUACGCAAAAAGGAAGAAGGACGGCAGUAACGGUGCUGUAGUCAUUUUGGUAUACCUGGCUGCGUUUGUUGCCAAAUCAGGCACUAGCCUGCAAGACAUGCUCGGGGAAAAGUGGUUACCAUGGAUGUAA